AUGAGAGCUGCGCUGAGAUUGAACGUUUCGAUGCCUUCUUCAGCGACCCUCAUCGGCCGCUACCUGGGCUACAUCACGGCGCACACCACGCGCGGCUACGCGAACGUGCUGGCAGAGCGAAGGAAGGAGCUGGAGAAGCUGGCCGCGCUCUUCUCUGAGGCCCGCGACGAGAUCGAGAACGCGCGCGAGAGCGCGGGUACGACCUACUUCAACGAGGACUUUGCGGAGGCCAAGAGCUGCGCCACCAACGCCCUCGACUACUACAACCAGCUGCUAAAAGAGCUGCAGCCAGAGGAGGCCAUCAAAUUGAAGGAAGAACAGAACCCCAAGAUGGAACAGCUCAAGAUGGAGCUUUCCAUGCUCGAAGAGCUCGCAGCCGACUAA